AUGAGCAACCUUUCCAGACAGGUGUCCAACAGUCUGAACCUCAGCACCAGCCCAAAUCUCACUUUCCACAGCCCUCCGACUAGCUUCCGGGCACCACCUAGCUACACAGCCAAUACCCCCGGCUACUCCGGCGGUGCCGCCGCAGCGAACGCGAAGCAACUUAAGCCUUUCGACACCAAGGAUGUGAAGGUGUUGCUGCUUGAGAACGUCAAUCUCGCUGGUGUGAACAUACUGAAGGAGCAGGGCUACCAAGUGGAAGCGAUCAAGAGCAGCUUGCCAGAGGACCAAUUGAUCGAGAAAAUCCGCGAUGUUCACGUUAUCGGCAUCCGCUCGAAGACGAAGCUCACCGAGCGCGUCCUGAAGGAGGCCAAGAACCUCAUUGUAAUCGGCUGCUUCUGCAUCGGUACAAACCAGGUCGACCUCAAUUAUGCCGCGUCGCAAGGUAUCGCGGUGUUCAACUCUCCCUUUUCCAACUCGCGCUCCGUCGCCGAACUUGUUAUCUCUGAAGUCAUCGCUCUUGCGCGACAACUUGCCGACCGCUCGAUGGAACUACACAAUGGCACAUGGAACAAGGUCAGCAAGGGCUGCUGGGAGAUUCGUGGCAAGACUCUCGGCAUAGUUGGCUACGGUCACAUCGGUAGCCAGCUGUCCGUUCUAGCCGAGGCGAUGGGCAUGGAGGUCAUCUACUACGACGUUGUGAACCUGAUGGGUCUGGGAACCGCCAAGCAGGUCAAAACGCUGGACGACUUGCUGGAUCAGUCGGAUUUCGUGACGCUGCAUGUUCCAGAGACAGGCGACACGAAGAACCUGAUUGGAAAGGCACAGUUCGACAAGAUGAAGAACGGAUCGUACCUGAUCAACAACGCUCGUGGAAAGGUGGUCGACAUACCCUCCUUGAUCGAGGCCAUGCGCAGCGGAAAGAUUGCCGGUGCUGCCAUUGAUGUCUUCCCGAACGAGCCCGCGGGCAACGGCGACUACUUCAACAACGAGCUCAACGACUGGACAAAGGACCUGCAGGGUUUGAAGAACCUCAUCCUGACUCCUCACAUCGGUGGCAGUACCGAAGAAGCACAGAGCGCAAUCGGCGCAGAGGUCAGCACCGCGCUUGUCAAGUAUGUCAACGAGGGCUCAACUCUAGGCGCCGUGAACAUGCCCGAGGUGAACCUGCGCAACAUCAACUUGGACGAGCCAAACUGCGUGCGGGUGGUUUUCAUCCACAAGAACGUGCCCGGUGUGCUGAGGCAGGUCAACGGCGUAUUGCUGAACCACAACAUCGACAAGCAGAGCUCCGAUUCAAGAGGCGACGUUGCGUAUCUCAUGGCGGACGUUAGCGACGUGAAGGAGGACGAGAUUAAGAAUCUCUUCCAGAGCCUCGAGGAGCUGCCGUCGAGCCUGCGGACAAGGAUGUUGUACUAG